GAAAAAAAUUAAAUUGAAAAAAGGUGCACAAACCUUGGUUGGUAUUUUGAUCAGCACGGCAGCAAGCGAGCUGUCAAAACAAUGUUAUUUAACUUUUAGUGUGGUGUUCAGAACAGUACCGACGAUGGCUAGUUUAGUGGCGGCAUUUUCCGGUGUUUUCACAAAACCCCGUGCACUAGCCCUUCUGCAGUACACAACUGUGCGAUACCGGCGAAAACCACGAUGGUUAGGGACGGCCAAGAGCAAAUUGUUCCGUGUUCCAGAGCGCAGGAAACAGAUCGAGGAAGAGGUCGAAGAACUGAAGCGGUUGCACAAUAACUAUCGCACGCAGAUGAAAGCGGUCAGAAAUUUCCUACGCGAUGAAGUUGAAGCGUACAAGCUGGUCUCUCGAGCUGGUUUGGUGCUUCAAACUCCGGAAGAGGAAGAGGCCGAAUGGCAGGACGCUUUGCGAAGGAACGACGAAUGGAACCAACAGACCGCUGCCGAACGCGAGGAACGCCUGACUGCCGAACGCGCUGCACGGAAGGAAUUCAUUCUAGAGCGGUUAGUGCUAAAAGAGCAACGGGAAAUGUCCAAACAGGAAGAGGUUGAAGCGAAAGUGCGUGCCGAAAAGGAGCAAUCAAAGACGUUCAUUACGCGUGAGAAUAUCGAUAAAGCGAUCGAGUUGGCAUUGGUUCAACCGACAAGCUACAACUUCGCAUUGGAUCGAGAUGGAAACAUUCACCGUGCAAACAAUUCUUCAACUACAGAUAAUAUUCAACCCUACUGAGGCUGCAUUUAGAAUGUUGUAUUUCACGUA